UGCCUUUCUGAACGAUUUUGCUUCUGUCACUAAUGCAAAUCCACUUAUUCACACUGACCGUAGCCUCCACAAACUCCCUGCAUUUAGGCAGUCUUUAUUUCACAAGCUUGAACAUAAGUUUGUGUUUUUUGAUACUGUCUCAGACAAGCCGCUAUUCCUACAAUGUGAGGGACACAGGGCAUGACUGACCGUGGAGCAAGAGAGAGAUGAACCCUGUUCGGUUUGCCACUCGGCUCACAUUCAACACCCUGAGAAGGAUACACUAUGAAAGCUGCCAGUCCUAUCUACCUGCCCUGUCUUCCAGUUUCCUUAAGAAAGAUAAAAAGACUGACUUGUCUUCACAUUUGGAUACAAGCGUUUUGAAACGAGUCUUUCACAGCCAGCGGUCGUGGUUACAUCCCUUGACCAGAUGGGACACUGCACCAUGUGGGAAAAGACAGUUCAGCUUUUCAGCUGCUGGGAUUGUAAACUCUGCUCCAGCAGCUGUGCAGCCAUACCUCCGAUUAAUGCGCCUUGAUAAGCCAAUUGGAACAUGGCUGUUGUACCUGCCUUGUACAUGGAGCAUUGGUCUGGCCGCGGACCCAGGGUGCCUCCCUCAUCUGGGCCUGCUCACCUUGUUCGGCACCGGCGCUCUGCUAAUGAGAGGAGCUGGCUGCACCAUCAACGACAUGUGGGACAAGGAUUUUGACAAAAAGGUGUCCAGGACGGCUACUCGACCCAUCGCCUCUGGUCAGGUCUCUCAGUUUCAGGCUCUGGUCUUCCUGGGAGGGCAGCUCUCUUUGGCGCUAGGAGUCCUGCUCUGCCUCAAUUACUACAGCAUAGCCCUAGGGGUAGCUUCCCUUUCUCUGGUCCUAACCUAUCCACUGAUGAAGAGGAUCACCUACUGGCCACAGCUGGUACUGGGACUGACGUUCAACUGGGGAGCACUCCUUGGUUGGUCAGCUGUGACCGGCGCCUGUGAUUGGUCAGUGUGCUUGCCCCUGUACUUCUCAGGAGUGAUGUGGACGCUGAUUUACGACACCAUUUAUGCCCACCAGGACAAAGAUGAUGACAUCAAAAUAGGGGUGAAGUCCACUGCGUUGAGGUUUCAGGAACAAACCAAGCCAUGGUUGAGUGGCUUCAUGGUGGCCAUGAUGUCAGGGCUGGUAAUGGCUGGAGUCAAUGCUGACCAGACUCUACCUUACUACGCUGUACUCUCCACAGUAGCCAUUCACCUCACUCACCAGAUUUACACACUGGACAUCAACAAACCAGAGGACUGCUGGAAGAAAUUUGUGUCAAACAGAAACCUUGGACUGCUGCUGUUUCUGGGAAUAGUCGCUGGCAAUUUGUGGAAAGAAAGAAGAGAGACAUUAUUGCAAAAUGAGUAACUACAAUGAACACAGCCAAUUGUGCAGAAGGCUCUACAGUUAUUUAUUUCUGGUGCAUGACCUAUUUAUGAUAUACAUGACAACAAAGUGUAUAGCCACUGAAUAAAGCUCAGUCAGAGCAAUAGUUUUUAAUU